UAAUUAGAGUUGAAGCAACCUUUGCAGCUUGGAAUGUCUCCUGUGAUGUCAUUGGGUGUUCAGUUAUAGAUGAAGCAACUUGCAAUAUCUCCCUAAAACAUGAAGCAGGAAGAAUAAUAUUUAAAAGUAAUAUCGUUAUACACCUUUACCCAUCAAAGAAGCAUCAUUCCAUGAGUCUGUCUCCUGUGCUUAUAAAUCUUGCAUCAAACACUGGGUAAACCAAAGUGUGUAGGAAGAAAUGUGACUUUUGUAGUCAUUGCUCUUUGCCAUGGGAGUGCUCAGCUUCAAGCAGAUCUUCUUUAGGAGCUUUGUUGGGUCCAAUGGAGCAUCCCAGAUUGUGUUCAUCUUCCUUCUGAUUCCAUGUUGCUUCACUAAGGACUACAGAGCAACCCCUGUUCUCCCAAAAAUUCCUUUCCUCUGGGCUUGGAAUGCCCCAACUGAGCCUUGUCCUAAGAAGUUUAACGUGUCGAUAGAUUUGAGCCUCUUCACUUUUAUAGGAUACCCUCAAAAAGAUGCCAUAGGACAACCUGUUAUAUUAUUUUAUGUUGAUAGACUUGGCUUAUAUCCUCAUAUAGAUCAGAAGGGCCAUAAAGAGCAUGGAGGAAUCCCCCAGUUGGGUGACUUAAAAGCGCAUCUCACUAAAUCUGCAAAAGACAUUGCGUUUUACAUGCCAAAAGACAGUCUGGGCUUGGCUAUCAUUGAUUGGGAAGAAUGGAGGCCUCUCUGGGCAAGAAACUGGAAACCUAAAGAUGUUUACAGGGAUGAGUCUAUUCGGCUGGUUCAGCAACAAAAUUCAACCCUUACUGUUGCACAGGCCACCAAUGUAGCCAAAAUAAAUUUUGAAAAAGCAGGAAGGGAGUUCAUGAUAGGCACUUUGAAAUUGGGAAUACACCUUCGACCAAAACACUUAUGGGGUUAUUAUCUUUUUCCUGAUUGUUACAAUCAUCAUUAUACUAAACCCAAUUACAAUGGGACUUGCUUUGACUUAGAAAAGAAAAGAAAUAAUGAGCUCAACUGGAUGUGGAAUGAAAGCACUGCUCUUUACCCAUCCGUUUAUUUGAAUACCAUCCUAUCAUCUUCUCCACUAGCUGCACCCUUUGUCCGUAACCGUGUUAAGGAAGCCAUUCGGGUUUCUGUAGUACCCAAUGAAAAACGUCCACUUCCGAUUUAUAUAUAUGCUCGCCCAGUUUUUACUGAUGAUUCUUCAAAAUUCCUUAAUCAGGAGGACCUUAUACAUACACUUGGUGAAACUAUUUCUCUAGGUGCCUCUGGACUUAUAAUAUGGGGGAGCCUCAAUUUAAGCCAAAGUGUGGCCGCCUGCAAAAAACUGCACGAUUACAUGGAUACCACUCUGAAUCCUUACAUAAUCAAUAUCACCCUAGCAGCCAAAAUGUGUAGCCAGGUGUUUUGCCAGGAGAAAGGAUACUGCACAAGGAAAAACGUGGAUUCCAGUGACUAUCUCCAUCUGAACCCAAUGCAUCUCACUAUUGAAACUGAUCCAAAAGGAAAAUUCAAAAUAAAAGGAAAAGCCUCGGUGGAAGACCUGAAACAGUUUGCUGAAAAUUUUCAUUGCAGCUGCUAUCCCAACACCAGCUGUGAGACGGAAGUUAAUUUAACACAAAAAAUUACUAUCGAUGUAUGUAUGAUGGGAGAUAUUUGUAUAAAAUCCGUUCUAAACUCGAAAAAUGAAAUAUUCCAUUCAAGUGCAAGUUUAGUGCUCUUCUUAUUAUUUUUAAUUUUUUUGGAAAACGAAUACUCUGGCAUGUAAACAAGACUUUGAAGGUAUCAGAGAAGAAUUUUGAGAGUGCCGUGGAAGAGAUCAUAGGUUUAUGGCUUUGAAGAUGAGUAACAGUGAGGUGUGUGGGAACAUGAGACAGAAGGAACUUCAGAAGGAACAUUGAGUGUGGAGUUGAGAGUGGGAUACGUAGAAGAUGGCCAAAUGAUGACUUUACAAUAAAGGCACUCUCAAACCUC